CGAGCACAGGAAGGAAAAGAUCGCGCAGAGGUGCGAAGAGAAUCCCUCGAUUUCUUUGGAAAGACGCUGCAUCUCCUCCUCCAAAGCCAGGAUGAAGGCUCCGGUGUGCCUGGUUGAGAACAGAAGAAAUCGCCUCCAUGUUUCUCCGGAGGCCCUUCGGUUGCUCUCAGACAUCCGGCAGCCAGUGGUGGUGGUGUCCAUCGUGGGACCGUAUCGCACGGGCAAGUCCUACCUGAUGAACAAGCUGGCUGGCAAAAAUUCAGGUUUCCCUUUGGGCUCCAUAGAGGAAGCAGAAACAAAAGGAAUCUGGAUGUGGUGUGUUCCCCAUCCAGACAGGCCUAACCAAACCCUUGUCCUGCUGGAUACUGAGGGAUUAGGUUAUCCAGAAAAGGGCAGUCCUGAAAAUGAUGCCUGGAUCUUCGCUUUGGCCGUGUUGCUGAGCAGCACCCUCAUCUACAACAGUGUGGGGACCAUUGAUCAGAUUGCCCUGGACAAGCUUCAUUUUGUGACGGAGCUGUCUGAACUUAUCAAGGCAAAGUCUUCCUCCACUACUGGAGAUACAGAUGAUUCUUCUGAAUUUGUUAGCUUCUUCCCAAACUUUGUUUGGUCUGUGCGAGAUUUCACACUGCAGCUGCAACGGGAUGGGAAAUCCAUCACAGAGGAUGAAUAUCUCAAACAUGCUCUAAAAUUAAAAAAAGGUGACAGCAAGAAGGAGCAGGCAUUCAAUCUGACACGGCAAUGCAUCCAACUGUUCUUCCCCACCCGGAAGUGCUUCGUCUUUGAUUGCCCUACUAAAAGUAGGAAGUUACCCUAUCUGGAAAAGAUGGUGGAUAAUCAGCUGGAGCCUGAAUUUGUGGAACAAGCAAAGAAAUUCUGUCAUCAUAUCUAUGAAACAUCUGGAGAAAAGACUCUUCCAGGAGGGCACAUUGUCACUGGCAACUUGUUGGCAAAGUUGGUUGAGACCUAUGUGGAUACUAUCUCUAGUGGGAAGAUUCCCUGCCUGGAGAACACAGUCUUAGCCUUGGUGGAGAUUGAGAACAGGGCAGCCAUGAAGGAAUCUGUUGCUCGCUAUGCGCAACUGAUGGAGAAAAGUGUGGAGCUACCCACUGAGACUCCCCAGGAACUUGUGGAUGUACACAAAAAAUAUGAGGAAGAAGCCCUCAAGAAGUUCAUGGCUCGUGCUUUCAAGGAUGAUAAACGUCAGUUCCAGGAUGAAUUCAUGGCAGGGAAAUUCCUGAAAGAAUUCCUCCAGAGCAAGGAAAACAUCCGCAAAACCAUCCUUCAAAGUGACCUGAGCCUUCAAAAGAAAGAGAAGGAAAUAGCAGAUGCAAAGAUGAAAGCAAAAGCAAAAGAAUUAGAGGAUGAGGUUCCGAAGCAGAAACAGGAAAUGUGGCAACAGAAGUUUGAGGACCAGAAACAGAGUUAUGAGAUGACCCUUCAGAAGCUAAUGGAGAAAAUGGAGGAAGAAAGGAAACAGAUGAAGGAAGAGCAGGAGAAAAUGAUCCAAAGGAAACUGAAGGUAACACUAUAA